AAAAAAAAAAAUGACGUCGAGAGAGGAACGAAAACCUAAGUUACCUAACUAGCGGCAGCGUCAAGAGGUGCGGGCGCGGGAGGAGCUGCUGUACGAAAAAUUCCUCGGGUUGUUAGUACCAUCAUCGAGAAGAAGAAGAAGAAGAAGGAGAAGUAGAAGAACGAGGAGAAGGAGAAGGAGAAGGAGAAGAAGAGGAGGAGGAUGAAAGCUUCUCAUUCUGAAGAUGAUGCGUUUCUUAUAGAAGGGGACGAAGAAAAGAGGAUUUGCAGAGAGAGGAUGAUGCCGAGGAGGAAGAAGAUCAAGCUAUCCUCUUUAUGAUGGCGGCGUCCUCUUCUCAGCACCGUUGCGUCUUUGUUGGUAACAUACCUUACGAUGCCACCGAAGAGCAGCUGAUCCAAAUCUGUGAAGAGGUUGGCCCUGUGGUUUCUUUCAGAUUAGUACUUGAUAGAGAAACUGGGAAGCCAAAAGGUUAUGGGUUUUGUGAGUAUAAGGAUGAAGAGACCGCUUUGAGUGCUCGUCGCAAUCUCCAGGGUUAUGAGAUCAACGGCCGGCAAUUGCGUGUUGACUUUGCUGAAAAUGAUAAAGGUUCCGACAGAAACCGUGAACAGGGUCGUGGUGGACCAGGGUUGACAUCAAACAUUGAUGCUCAGAAACCAUUAGGUGCCCCAGCAAUCAUUGGUGAUCCUGCUCUCCAUCAGCCAAUUGGUCUCCCGUUGGCUGCCACUGCUGCAUCUGUCAUGGCUGGAGCUUUGGGUGGUCCACAGACUAGUAGCAUCUUCUCAAACCUGAAUGGUUUUCAAAGCCAGUCUGGUCUGGGAAAUGAUCCUUUAACUCAUCAUCUGUCAAAAAUGUCUAGGACCCAGUUGUUUGAGGUCAUGUCUGAGAUGAAGGCAAUGGCCACAAAGAACAAGGCUCUGGCCCGCCAACUACUGGUUGCCAGUCCACAGCUGCCCAAAGCUAUCUUUCAGGCACAGAUAAUGCUUGGAUUGGUGCCACCACAGGCGCUGCAGAUGCUGAACAUCCGACAGUCGUCCAGCUCAAUCCCGCAGCCGUCAGUGCAAAAUGGGCCACAGGAUCAGCAGCCAAUACUUCCCUCACAUCAUGGACAGACUCCCCAUGUGCAGAAUAAGAUGCAUAUUGGGCUGCUGCCCAGAAUUCCAGGUCAGGCGUUGCCAGUGCCUCAAAACACUUUGAUUCCCCAGCCUUCUUCUACCCUUCCACCACUGCAUGCCUCCAUGCAACCUCGUUUUCAGCAACCUCAGCAACCCCAACCCCAAGUUCUCUUGCAGACCACAUUGCCGGGGCUGUCUGGAGUCUCGUCGGUCAGGCCCCAGCCACUUGCCGGCUUGUCUGUUCAGCCACAAGCUCCAUCAGCUUCUUCUACAGCUAUGAAGCAGCAAAUACAACCCCCUCUUCUGCAGCAUCCUAGACCAGUUGGAGCUGCACACACGGGGCAUACUCAGUUCCCUCUUCCUCCCAAUCCUUCGGUUUUGCCUCGUCCUCUAUCAUCUCAGCCAGCAUUUCAGCCUGGCUCAUCCAAUCCCCCAGUGUUUGUGGGUGGUGUGGAGACGAUUUCUAGGGAAGCAGCUCAGGGUAAUGCACUCUUGAACUUGCCUUUGGGUUUGGCUGAGAAAGCAAGCACUGCCAGUGAUAUAUUGGAACCAACAAAUCACCCUUCGAAGUUGGCGAGAUUGGAAGAUGGAAGCAGUGCCACUCGCAUGAUGAGUGGGAACACGUCUACCACUGGAUCCAUGCCCGUCCAAGUGUCUGGAACCAGCUUGACAUCUGCAAGCCGGCUGCCCACGUCUGAUGGGUCACUGCAACCCGAGGAAAAAACGCUUCAGGAAGGGAAAUGCCGAGGCGAUUUGCAUGAGGAGAGGGUGAAGAGCUUCCGCCUGAGGUGGAGUCGGCUCUACUGCAACAAGUGAUGAGCCUCACACCUGAGCAGUUGAGUUCCUUGCCGCCGGAGCAGCGGCAGCAAGUACUUCAGCUCCAACAGAUGCUCCGAUGAGUUCUGCCCAGACAUUUUUUUACGGUUUCCUGAUCCCCCUUAUGCCAACCACAGAGGGGUAGCAGCAGAAUGUGGAUGACGGGUGGACGUCAAUUGGUCUUAAUUAUUAUGGGGCCCGCCUUUCUUCCCAGAGCUGUCUCUGUAUUCAUCAAUGUAAAAACAGGUCACGGUAGGCUAGUUUCAUCCAUUAACAUCAUAUCAAUCGUAGAAUGCAGUAAUUGGCCUUGUUCCUCAAGGAGAAUCUUGUUCUGAUUAUUUUCGUGUAACAGGAAAUUCAAUUUGUCAAUGGCUGGCUUGGGUCGAAAAAAGAUGUGUAUGUGUGUGUGUGUGAGAGAGAGAGAGAGAGAGAGAGAGAGAGAGAGAGAGAUCAGUGCUGUUUGUUUCUGCUUUCCUCAUCUCGCUGUUCUUGUUGGCUUGGAGCAUGAAUUCAAAUGCAUCUAUUGGAUUGAGUUUUCCUA